CUUGCGGACUGAGGAGCGCUGCCAACAAAGGCCGAGUCGAUGGGGUUACAAAAAGAUUGUUAAUUUGGACUUCAAAACCCUUUGUUGUUGUAAUUAUUAUUAUAAAUAGGUUGUGAAUCUGUGAUUACUGUUAAGAAAAUGUGUGAAUGAUAUGAAACGUGACGACUAGCAAAGGAGUCAGCUGGUCCACAGUGCGAAUAGUGAAUAAGAAAUGGCGGCCUUGCCAGCAGGUGUUCAGUAUGGGUUAUCAUCAGAGUCUAGUUAUAAAGAAAAUAAGGAACUAGUGUUUGUGAAACUUACGGAUUCAGCUCUGAAAGCUAUAGAAGACUUUAUUAGGAAUAAUAGGGAUAAAUUGGCAAAACCUACGAUACAGUUCCUACCCGGAAAUGAAGGGAAAAUCUCAAUUCCGGCACCCGCAACUAGCAAUGGCCCGACUCAUGAAUCUACGUUUCACUUCAGCAUCAAUAGCAAUGCAGAAAUGGAGGGUCCACAGGGUUCGUUUGAGUGCGUCAGGAGCGGCGGCGCGCGGCGGCUGGAGGCGUGCGGGCCGCUGCCGCGGCGGAUGCGCGUGCAGGCCAACGACGACUCGUACGAGGCCACCAAGGACCGCAUGGCGAGAACUGUGGCCGCCGAACAGAGUAAAUGCACCCGAGUGAUAAAACCGAACCAAACGGACAUCGGUCGGCGUGUAAAAGUGCGCUCCUCUCAUCCCCUAUACUCGUCCGGGCCCGCGGCGCUCGGGGCCGAGCGGCCCGAGCGGCCCGAGCGGCCCGAGCGGCCUGAGCGGCCUGAACGGCCCGAACGGCCCGAGCGGCCCGAACGGCCGGAGCGGCCUGACCGGCCCGAGCGGGUGGAGAGGCCGCCGGCGGCGCGGCCGGCGCCGACGCCCGCGCCGCACCCGGGCGCGCUGCAGCCGCAGCUCCCCCACCAGCCGCAGAGGCCCCCUCAGAACCCGCAACUCGCGAGGCGAUCCAUCAAAGAAAGACUUAUACAGUUAUUAGCAUUGAAACCCUUCAAAAAGCCCGAGUUAUACUUAAGGCUUAAUCAAGAGGGAAUCAAGGAGAAGGAACGCAGUGUGGUGAACAAGAUCCUGCCACAGAUAGGCUCGCUGAAGGACAACUGUUAUCACUUACAUAGGCACAUAUGGAACGACGUCAACGAGGAUUGGCCGUUCUAUACCGAGGAGGAGAAACGCAUACUCAAGAGGCGGAAACCUCAAAAUCUAACACCGCCCGUGUCGAGCGACUCCACCAACUCCCUGUCGCCGCGCGCGUCGCCCGGCGCGCCCGGCACGCCCGGCGCCAAGCGGCCCGGCGCGGCGGCCGGCGCGGGGGACGAGCCGCCCGCCGCCAAGAAGCAGCGCAUCUCGCACUACCGCCGCCCCAGCCCGCCCUCCUCCGGCUACGCCACCGGCAGCUCCGGCGCCUCCUCCGGCGAGCGCCACGCCUCCGACAACGAGGACGACCGGACCACAGGUACUACACACGGGGCGGGCGGGGACGAGCCGCCCGCCGCCAAGAAGCAGCGCAUCUCGCACUACCGCCGCCCCAGCCCGCCCUCCUCCGGCUACGCCACCGGCAGCUCCGGCGCCUCCUCCGGCGAGCGCCACGCCUCCGACAACGAGGACGACCGGACCACAGGUACUACACACGGGGCGGGCGGGGACGAGCCGCCCGCCGCCAAGAAGCAGCGCAUCUCGCACUACCGCCGCCCCAGCCCGCCCUCCUCCGGCUACGCCACCGGCAGCUCCGGCGCCUCCUCCGGCGAGCGCCACGCCUCCGACAACGAGGACGACCGGACCACAGGUACUACACACGGGGCGGGCGGGGACGAGCCGCCCGCCGCCAAGAAGCAGCGCAUCUCGCACUACCGCCGCCCCAGCCCGCCCUCCUCCGGCUACGCCACCGGCAGCUCCGGCGCCUCCUCCGGCGAGCGCCACGCCUCCGACAACGAGGACGACCGGACCACAGGUACUACACACGGGGCGGGCGGGGACGAGCCGCCCGCCGCCAAGAAGCAGCGCAUCUCGCACUACCGCCGCCCCAGCCCGCCCUCCUCCGGCUACGCCACCGGCAGCUCCGGCGCCUCCUCCGGCGAGCGCCACGCCUCCGACAACGAGGACGACCGGACCACAGGUACUACACACGGGGCGGGCGGGGACGAGCCGCCCGCCGCCAAGAAGCAGCGCAUCUCGCACUACCGCCGCCCCAGCCCGCCCUCCUCCGGCUACGCCACCGGCAGCUCCGGCGCCUCCUCCGGCGAGCGCCACGCCUCCGACAACGAGGACGACCGGACCACAGGUACUACACACGGGGCGGGCGGGGACGAGCCGCCCGCCGCCAAGAAGCAGCGCAUCUCGCACUACCGCCGCCCCAGCCCGCCCUCCUCCGGCUACGCCACCGGCAGCUCCGGCGCCUCCUCCGGCGAGCGCCACGCCUCCGACAACGAGGACGACCGGACCACAGGUACUACACACGGGGCGGGCGGGGACGAGCCGCCCGCCGCCAAGAAGCAGCGCAUCUCGCACUACCGCCGCCCCAGCCCGCCCUCCUCCGGCUACGCCACCGGCAGCUCCGGCGCCUCCUCCGGCGAGCGCCACGCCUCCGACAACGAGGACGACCGGACCACAGGUACUACACACGGGGCGGGCGGGGACGAGCCGCCCGCCGCCAAGAAGCAGCGCAUCUCGCACUACCGCCGCCCCAGCCCGCCCUCCUCCGGCUACGCCACCGGCAGCUCCGGCGCCUCCUCCGGCGAGCGCCACGCCUCCGACAACGAGGACGACCGGACCACAGGUACUACACACGGGGCGGGCGGGGACGAGCCGCCCGCCGCCAAGAAGCAGCGCAUCUCGCACUACCGCCGCCCCAGCCCGCCCUCCUCCGGCUACGCCACCGGCAGCUCCGGCGCCUCCUCCGGCGAGCGCCACGCCUCCGACAACGAGGACGACCGGACCACAGGUACUACACACGGGGCGGGCGGGGACGAGCCGCCCGCCGCCAAGAAGCAGCGCAUCUCGCACUACCGCCGCCCCAGCCCGCCCUCCUCCGGCUACGCCACCGGCAGCUCCGGCGCCUCCUCCGGCGAGCGCCACGCCUCCGACAACGAGGACGACCGGACCACAGGUACUACACACGGGGCGGGCGGGGACGAGCCGCCCGCCGCCAAGAAGCAGCGCAUCUCGCACUACCGCCGCCCCAGCCCGCCCUCCUCCGGCUACGCCACCGGCAGCUCCGGCGCCUCCUCCGGCGAGCGCCACGCCUCCGACAACGAGGACGACCGGACCACAGGUACUACACACGGGGCGGGCGGGGACGAGCCGCCCGCCGCCAAGAAGCAGCGCAUCUCGCACUACCGCCGCCCCAGCCCGCCCUCCUCCGGCUACGCCACCGGCAGCUCCGGCGCCUCCUCCGGCGAGCGCCACGCCUCCGACAACGAGGACGACCGGACCACAGGUACUACACACGGGGCGGGCGGGGACGAGCCGCCCGCCGCCAAGAAGCAGCGCAUCUCGCACUACCGCCGCCCCAGCCCGCCCUCCUCCGGCUACGCCACCGGCAGCUCCGGCGCCUCCUCCGGCGAGCGCCACGCCUCCGACAACGAGGACGACCGGACCACAGGUACUACACACGGGGCGGGCGGGGACGAGCCGCCCGCCGCCAAGAAGCAGCGCAUCUCGCACUACCGCCGCCCCAGCCCGCCCUCCUCCGGCUACGCCACCGGCAGCUCCGGCGCCUCCUCCGGCGAGCGCCACGCCUCCGACAACGAGGACGACCGGACCACAGGUACUACACACGGGGCGGGCGGGGACGAGCCGCCCGCCGCCAAGAAGCAGCGCAUCUCGCACUACCGCCGCCCCAGCCCGCCCUCCUCCGGCUACGCCACCGGCAGCUCCGGCGCCUCCUCCGGCGAGCGCCACGCCUCCGACAACGAGGACGACCGGACCACAGGUACUACACACGGGGCGGGCGGGGACGAGCCGCCCGCCGCCAAGAAGCAGCGCAUCUCGCACUACCGCCGCCCCAGCCCGCCCUCCUCCGGCUACGCCACCGGCAGCUCCGGCGCCUCCUCCGGCGAGCGCCACGCCUCCGACAACGAGGACGACCGGACCACAGGUACUACACACGGGGCGGGCGGGGACGAGCCGCCCGCCGCCAAGAAGCAGCGCAUCUCGCACUACCGCCGCCCCAGCCCGCCCUCCUCCGGCUACGCCACCGGCAGCUCCGGCGCCUCCUCCGGCGAGCGCCACGCCUCCGACAACGAGGACGACCGGACCACAGUCAAAAAGGAUAACGGCUACACCCUCAGUUUUAACACUGUCAAGGAGCUUUGCCCGAGUCCUGUAAAGACGAAUGGUUAUAGAAGUAGUCCCCCAGUAGAGCAAACUAGUAUCACAGAAAAAGACAUCACAAAUACGGAACCCUUAGAAAAUACUGAAUUAACGUCGGGGCCCGAUGAGACCAUGACUGAUUUGGAAGAGAUUGAAAGGCAAUACCCGCCAAUAACGAGUUCGAGUACGCGGCGCGCCUACAAGAACGAGUUCGCGGAAUUAUACACCGAGUACCAAUCCCUCUACGCGCGCGUCGCGCAAGUGGCCAAACUCUUCACGUCGCUCGAGCUGCAGCUCAAGCGCGCGCCGCCGCACUCGCCGCACCAUCAGAGCAUAGAACAACGCAUCGUGGAGGAGUACCGGCGCGUGCAGAACGACGGCGAGUACCAGGCGCAGAAGCGCCGCGUCAACUACCUGCACCGCAAGCUCACGCACAUCAAGCGGAUGGUGCAGCAGUACGACCAGCUGUCUGUCACACGAUUAAAGGACCUACCACGCAACCUGAAGUCGGAGCGCGUGGCGCCGGCGAGCACGACGCAGGCGUACUGACGGCGCCGCGCGCCCGCCGGCAGCCGCCGCCUCUAGCCGCCUCGAGCCGGCUCCAGCCGCCUCUAGCCGGCUCUAGCCGCCUCUAGCCGGCUCUAGCCGCCUCUAGCCGGCUCUAGCCGCCUCUAGCCGGCUCUAGCCGGGCCAGCCGUCGUCUCCACCAGGCCGCGUCGCGACUCCGAUGAUCCGGCCCGAUUCAAUACGUGGUCGCGUUUCCGAUCUAUUUUUACACAGUGCCAUGUUCGUUUGCAGAUUCGCAAUCGUGUGGACUGAAUACAUAAUUGUUUCGUUAAUGAUUUUAAGGAUUAUUAUUAUAGUUUUAGUGAACGAAUUCCAUAUCUCGUCGAGAAACGCGGUCGAGGUCCGGCCGGUCCCGAUAGUCGACAUAUCCGAUGUGGAGAUUAUUUUAAGUUUUAACGUUCUUCCAUUAAUUUUUACUCGGCGCGUCGACCUCGACCGCCCAGAAAUGUAGCGCAUGACUCUCCCGUAAUGUGUGAACAUCUACACCGUCACAAACUUCCGAUGAAAACCCACAGUGCAUACAUAACGAUAAAAUAAUAGUAACUAUGAAAAUAGAGCAAAUUAUUUUACAUUACGAGCUUUUAUGUAACUUCACAUCGUAUAUUUAUUUAUAUAUUUGCAAGCCAUCACCCCUUUCCAGUGUUUAUAUGUAAAUUGGAGGACAAUAUAAUAAAAUAACGUCAUCAAAGAAUCUGUAUUGAGAAUGAAAGUAUAAUAUAAACCAACUUAUUUUUAAUGCAACUUACGUUAUUACAUGUAUGUAUAAAUUCUGUCGAUCGUGUUCUUUCUUUAUAAAACUGUAUUUUGCUUUUAUAUACAUAAAUAUAUAUAUUAUACGUACAAAUUAUUUUAUACAUCGAUAACUUACCACAUUUCCAGUAAUAAGUAUCAUUUCAAAAUAACAUACAGUAAAAGUGUGAGUUAUACUCAUUGAAUACCGUAAUCAAACGCCGUAAAGCUGGCCAUACACACUAGGGUAUGCCUGCGCAGUUUUAUCAACCGCACAGGUAAACCGGAGCGUGUAGCAUUCGACUGUGCAGUUUCCUAUAUAGCUUUGCCUGUGCAUUUGAACUGUACAGGCAAAACUGCGCAGGCAUACCCUAGUGUGUAUAGCCAGCUUAACACAACGGUCGACUUGCGUUGUGGAGCCAACAUUAACUUCUUAGAUCUAUUACUUUGUGUAAAUUAUAUGAAUAGAGAAACAAAUUAUUAUCUACAUAAUAUAGUCCACUUGAUAUUUUUUCGUCCACAUUUUAUUCCAUUCGAAAAUAAUUGCCGUCUAAUGUUGUUGUCCAAAUGAAAUUUGCUUAUUAAUGAAUUACUGAUUAAUGAAUUAUUUUACUAUUACCAAAAAUUUUGACGAGUCAAUUUUAAGACUAUUGGCCUUGGAAACAAUUAUAACAUCUUAAGUCGGUGAUGUUCGUAUAUUGUCAAUAUGGUCCACGAUCCUUUCAAGUUUGCCGUUUGAAAGGUCAAGUCCAUCUUCGUCCCCUCUAAGGAAUCCAUCCAUUUAAAUAUGGACUUUUGUUUUGUUUUAUGAUAUCUUGCCCAGGUUCGUGUUGUAUAUAAUAUUUAAAUAAAAUAUCCCGGUAUCCAUGGCCCGGCAUAUAUAAUAAUGUCCUUGUUGUGUCCGCAUAUUUAUUUAUUUUCUAAUCGCCAUUGAAGGAUCUUGUAAAUAUUAUAAAACGCUUAAAAGUUCUUGAGAUUGACGGUCGAUACUGACUGCUUUUAUGGUUUGAAAUCUGUUAAAAUUCCAUACAACUUGUGUCCUAAAGUUAGCAACAACCGGCCAGUGUGAAACAUCCACUAGGAGUAAGAAAUUAUUUUGGUCCUCUUCGGAAAUACCCUCCAGAACACAAUAAAUUCUUAGUACAUAUAGUGUGCUCGGGCGAAGCUGCGGUGGCAGUUCGUUGACAUUUCUUGGAAAACAAAUCAAUAUUCUUGUACGACAACCUUUUUCCCUCGAUUCCCUGGAAUCUUAAUUUUUCCAGCCAAAAAACGACCUUGUAGUUUUAAAUUUAGAAAUUAAUUUAGAUUCUCUUGCUAUAGCAUACUAUACUUACUAUUCUGAACCAAAUCCGUAGUUGAUCUUUUGCUAACAACAAUAAUAACAGUAGAAAUGUCAAACAAUUGUGAUAAAAAUAUCCAACGACUUGAGAGAUGAUUCAAUAAUCUAAUUAAUUCAUAGUUGGAAUGCCAUACUGUUAUCCAUAAAUUGCUGUCAAAUACAAACGUCUAUAGAAAUAGUAAAAAAAAAAAACUUUAAAUUUAACAAAUAGGGUUAGAGGUUCGUCAUAUUGUCUAUGAUAAGUAGGAACUUGGCCACCGCCGCCGCCCAGAGAGGAGAGCCGUCUUGCAUAUUUUGUCCUGAUGUUAACGUCCAUAUUGAAAUGAUUUAUAGCGUUAAGUAACUGGUUUUAUCGUUGAACGGCAACUUUUCAAGUCCAGCUAAUUCCAAACGCAUAUGAAUCAAUUGUAAGCGCAAGAAGCGUCCUAAAUUCUAAUGUCAUUUAAUGUACAUAUUAUAUACUUCUUUGUUAUUAUAUGCGUAUACGUAUUAUGAUUGUAAUAUAAUAAGUAUGAUGCAAGCAUGCAUAGGUUUACGAAACCUUGUUGAUGGAUACUGUUUAUUCGGUUAAUUUUGUCAAUUAUUGUGUCAAAAUGAAGUUAUUAUUUCACUAUGAUUGUCAAUUGUUUUGGAGUCCGCACAAGCGGCCCCAUGACUUGCAAGUUGUUUAGUCAAUUCAACAAAGUGCGGCCUUUAGUUGCUCAGUUAAUAGUUGUCGUUUUAUUGCUUUUUACUCAUUAAAAUGCUCAAUGUUUGUGGUCAUGAUAUUAGGUAAUUUUCGUUGGAUUUUUAUUUAUUAGUAUUUAUUUCACAGUCAUUGUAAAUUUUCGACACUUCGCGUUUUAUUCAUCAUGACAUUGCUUGCCCUUCUCACAUUUUAAAUUCAGUAUCGAAAUUAUGAAUAUCAUCAGAAUGGUAAUAGGAAACUCAAUCAAAUCGAUAGGAACAAACGUUAAAAAUGUUAUUGUUACCACUAGAGUAAGCACUCUGAAUUGUUUUAUUGUAAUUAUUUGUUUUUCACAAUGAGAUACUGAUUUCUUGUGUUAGUAAUUUCAGGGGAAUUGUUAUUUAUUGAAGUGGAUAUUGUGUAAGAUGCAUUCCAUUUGUCAGAACCGUUGGUUAAGCACUGUUCAUUGACGCACGUGAUUCACGACUAGUGUAUGAGAACUUGAAGUAUAUUUUUACAAAGAUUUAAUAUCCUCUCGUAGACGAAGCUGGUCUGUAAUCUGCUUGACGGGAACACGAGACUAGUGCCGCCACGCUGGCCCGUCCGCGUCUCCUGUUGCUGUCAAUCUAACAUCGACUUCUUUGAAAGAACAAUAUUUUGUAUGAGAUAAAUAAGAUAUCCCUAUAAUGUUGAAAUUCGAUACAUUGUCACAAAGGGAGGAAGAAAAUGUCAAAUGUUGCUCGAUUGUUACCGAUUAAGUAAUUAGGAAGUUAUGUAUUUUUUCAUAUUUCUUAUACAAAGGAAAAAUAUCUCAAUGAAAUAUCAUAGUCCAAUGUAUAUAUUUAGAGUCUAGUAUCACAUCUUUUUAAACUGAGUUAGGACUAAUUCCAGAUGUGUAUUGUUCUUUGCGGCAUGACAAACGCGCCACGUCGCUUGUGAUGGCGCGUUCACGAGCUUGGCGGGGUGAAUGUGACUGAUCGUCAAGCGAGUGAACGCGCCGCAGUUGUUGUCCGCCAACACCGAACCUCGAGAUGUCGGGCCGGUCACAUUGACCCCAUUAUUAACCAAGCAAUGAAUCGGGCCUAUUUUAUGAUACAGAAUAUUGUUAUCGGGUGGCUGAUUUGUCAUGUGCAAACUUAACGCGUUAUAUUAGCUGAUAUCGUAGCGGCUAAGGCGGGCGUUACAUAAAAUCCUUACCUUACUUUUAUUUUUAGAUAUAGUUGAGUUUGCGUAUUCUGAUCAAAUGUUAUUGUAAAUUUGGUGUACAGUAGAGUGGAGAGCCGCGCGGCGCCGGCUCCUGGGGGAUUACCGCGAAACACGUUGGACGUGUUGCCUCCCUGUCACACUUACGUACGAAUUUACAAGUACGACAGAGAGGUAACACGUCGAACGUGGUUCACGGUAGGCCCUAUGUACAUAGUGCGGGCCGCGGAACGAUGCUGCGAUAUGCCUUGUGCCCUCGGAGUGUCCCUGCAUACGAGUCAAGACGUAUAGACGGUGCGGUAGUGUUAUUGUGUAUAGAUGUGUUUAUACAAGCUCGAGUCGAGACUUGCCAGCCGGUUCGAGCGAACGACGACUUGCUAUGAAUCCUGACAUCGGCUCACGUUAAUUAGCUUUUAAAUAUUUCAUCAAAAUAUAAAAUACACAAAAAAAAAUGGAUAUAAAUUUCUCGACCAAGUACUGGUUGUUUUUAAAUUAUUAAAAUGUAAAAAAAAAUUAGUGUAUAAACAAGUGUACAAUUUAUGAGUUAUACUUUUUCUUUUCGGCAUUUCAUGUAACAGUGGAAGGGAGCUGACUGCGGUCGAGGGCUGCAGCCCUGUUGCGAUCCUUCACUGUCGAAAGUUCUAUGAUUAUGUUUGCAAUUACUUUUGCUCAUAUCCCUCUUCCAUUGCUUUAUUUUUGUUUUGUCAGCUGACUAAGUGUAAUAUAUAUAAUUUUGUUAAGGCAGGGUAUAGAAGAGGUACUUUUAUAAUUUGAAAUGCUUGAUGAUUUGUUUGAAUGUUUAAAAUUGAGUUGAUUUUAUCCAUUAUGAAGGAAGUCCCGAUUAGUUGUUUUUUUUUUUAAUUUGGAGUUCGAAUGAGGCAGCGGAUUAGCUUAUAAUUGUCAAGUUACCACAGAUACAAUAGUCAAGAGGUAGGCUCUCUUUGGCGUUGCCUUAACUGUUUGAAGCCGUUGGUUUGGGUCGCGAGCGACCCGCAGCGGGUAGUCAGUAUUACACCACGCAAAUCCCUUGAGCUGAAGAGAGGUUGUGAAAAGUAUCGUUAUAGAAGGUACCUAUUCAAAAUCUGGACAAACAGACUAACUCUUAAAAGCAAUGUUCAUUAAUUUCGAUUAUGGGAUCAGUGCCAAACUUUUUCUCUUUCUUGUUUAGCUCAAAAUGUUGCUGUUUGGUUAGUCUGCCAUUUUGUGAAUAUUUUGUUUUGAUAGUAAUAUGUAAAUCUUUUAUAAUAUAUUUGUUUACAAUAAAUAAAUGACAACAUUAUAAAUAAAUAAAAUUGUAUUUUCCAUUUAAACUGAUGAAAAAAAUAUAAAAAGAAUAAUAUGCAAUGAAA